AUGGUUAUACUCAGAGGAGGCAGAAGUGGAGGUCGAGUUGAUGAAAACAGACCCCCACCUGACCCUCUACAGCAAAUAUUGGACAGACUUAAUGAACAACAGCAAAUGAUAAAUGAAAUUAGAGAGAAUCAAGCUAGACAGGACCAAGAAAGAGAAGAAAAGAAUAGGAAUGAUAUUCCUAUUGGAGGCUUACAACAACAACCCGAAUUACAACCACGACAAGACCCACAGCUGGUCCCUGAAGUGGCUUCUGAAAGACCAAUUGCAGAGCAAGAAAGUCUACAAUAUUGGAUUUCCAAGUUCUGUAAGCAUCAACCGCCAUCAUUUAUGGGCAAAUUUGAUGUACAAGCAGCUGAGGAUUGGGUAAUGAAAUUGGAGAAGAUUUUCAGGGUCAUGGAGUGUUCUACUGAAAGAAAAGCUCAAAUGGCGAUAUAUAAGCUGGAAGGUGAUGCAGAUAGAUGGUGGAAAAACACCGAACUGCUUUUGCAAGCUAGGAACGUUCCACUUACAUGGGAAGUGUUUAAAGAGAAAUUUAAUGAGAAGUAUUUCCCUCAGUCAAUUAGAGAUGGCAAAGAAGCUGAGUUCCUGACACUGGCACAGGCUGAAAAUGAAUCAUUUGAUGAUUAUCUAGCUAAGUUCAUCCGAUUGUCCCGGUAUUCCACACAACUACAAGAGCGAAAUAAUGAACGUUGGAGUACUGGGAAAUUGAUUCGUGGAUUGAAGCCUAUUUUGAGAGAAAAGCUAGCUCCCAUGCAGCUGGCUCAUUUUGAUACAGCAGUGGAGGUAUGCAGAAUCACUGAAAGUAACCUGCAACCUCAAAAUGUGAUCAAAGGCUAUAGUAAGCCAGAAGCUUCUGAAGGACCAUCAAGGAAAAGAAGUAAUCCGACUCCUUGGGAUAGGAGAAAUGCAAAAAGAAUGAAUCAACCAAAGAAGCCAGGAUCCCAAAGAGUUGCAGAAGUGAAAGAAUGCCCUUACUGCGGCAGAAACCAUGGGAACAGGCCAUGUUGGUUUGGGCCCAAUGUUUGUUAUAGAUGUGGAAAGCCUGGUCACUUUGCUCGAGAAUGUGGGCAAAAAAUGGAGGAGUUCAGGCCCAGGAAUCAAGGUAAAGUCUUUGCUAUGACUCAUGAGGAUGCUCGCAAGUCUCCAAAUAUGAUCCAAGGUACAAUCCGACUUAAUGGCAAUUUAGUGCAAGCAUUGUUUGACUCUGGUGCUAGUCAUUCUUUUAUUGCUUAUGAAUGUGCUAGACGACUAGGGUUAAAGGUUGAUAAAUUGCCUUAUGACUUGGUUGUGUCAACGCCCACAGGUGCUAAAGUUAUUACUGCUAGUGUUUGUUUAAAUUGUUUAAUUCAGUAUGAGCAAAAUGAUACAGUCAUAGACCUUAUCUGUAUGUCGUUCCAAAAUAUGGAUAUAGUUAUAGGUCUCAACUGGCUAUCAGCUAAUAAUGCAUUGAUUGACUGUGGAAAUAAAAGGCUUGUGUUUCCUAAUUCCCAAAAGAUUAAUGAAAUAGAGCCUGAGUUAAACUUCAUCUCUAUAACUCAAGCAGAAAAGUGGUUACAGAAAGGAUGUCAAGGGUACAUGGUUUUCUUUUCACUGCAAGCAGAAGCAACAGUAAAUUUAGAUGAGAUACCAGUGGUUAGGGAAUUUCCUGAAGUAUUUCCUGAUGACAUAAGUGGGUUACCCCCUGAAAGAGAAGUGGAAUUUGCAAUUGAUAUAAUACCUGGAGCAGGACCAAUUUCAAAAGCCCCGUACCGUAUGGCUCCUAAUGAAAUGGUAGAAUUGAAGAAACAAAUAGAGGAGUUACUAGAAAAAGGGUUUAUACGACCCAGUGUUUCGCCAUGGGGUGCUCCGGUGUUAUUUGUAAAGAAGAAAGAUGGAAGCCUCCGAUUAUGCAUUGAUUACAGGGAAUUAAAUAGGGUGACUAUCAAGAAUAAGUACCCACUUCCUCGAAUAGAUGACUUACUUGACCAGUUGGCAGGUUCUUGUGUAUUCUCCAAAAUUGAUCUUAGAUCGGGUUAUCAUCAGUUACGGGUGAAAGCAGAAGAUAUACCAAAAACUGCUUUUAGAACUCGGUAUGGGCAUUACGAGUUCUUGGUGAUGCCAUUUGGACUGACUAAUGCACCGGCAGUAUUCAUGGAUUACAUGAACCGAAUCUUUCGACAGUAUUUGGAUCAAUUUGUGGUGGUGUUCAUUGAUGACAUUUUGAUAUACUCCAAGAAUAGAAAAGAACAUGAGGAACAUUUGAGAAUUGUCUUAGAAAUUCUUAAGAAGAAGCAGUUAUAUGCUAAGCUCAGUAAAUGUGAAUUUUGGCUUACAGAAGUUAAAUUCUUAGGCCAUGUUAUCUCAUGUGAUGGGGUUGCAGUAGAUCCUAGUAAAGUGGAAGCAGUGCUGAAAUGGAAAAAGCCUGAAAUGGUUACAGAAAUAAGAAGUUUUCUGGGUUUAGCUGGUUACUAUAGAAAUUUAUCCAGAAUUUCUCCAGGAUUGCUUUACCGCUGA